AUGUUGUCGGCUGCGAAAGUACGAAUUCAUGGAAUGCAAGAUGAGAACUGGGUUAUUAAAGAUAAGAUCAACCAAUAUCGUGGUCUUAUAAAAUUAUAUGAACGUGAUAGGAAAAUCCAUGAGGGGGACUUGUCGAAGCAAAAGAAGAGAUAUUGUCGUGAUAUUCGACAGUUACGAAAGGAUAUUACGACUAAGCGGGAGGAAUUGGGCGUAGCUGUCUAUGGGGACCAGCAGUUUCUACGUAAUGCAUUUCAGGAACACAAACGCUUGCAGCUCACUUACAUGAAUAGCCAGGCAGAUCGGGUACUGGAAAGCAUUCAUCAAGAAAAUUUUAAUAAAAGGAAACAGCUUGAUAGAAUUCGCUAUACGAAGAAAAAGAAAAUGGAGACGUUUCGCCUAACCCAGUUGGAAUCAGCGGAGUUACGAGAUCGCCUAUUGUUCGAAGUUGGUGGGAAACUGCCCGCAGAGAAAAAGGAGCAGGCUGUUGCUAAUUAUGUUCAACGCGCUAAUAUAAAAAAGAAUGCAGCGUUGGCCAUAAAAGUUAUGUACAAGAAAAUUUUGGAUAUACUCAAAAAGGACUCAUCAUAUUUCACUAUAGUCUUGGAGGCUUUGAAACUCGACUGUAGGGCCCAAGGCAAGUGCCUGAUGGGUGCAACAGAAAUGGGACAGUUGGCAAUGGAAUAUCUUGACGAUAGAAAGUUUGAAUUUAGUAAACUAGAGAAGGAGAUAAAAGUUAAUAUGAAAGAAAGACAAAGGACAUUGAAACUCGUUCGACGGGAAGUAGCUUAUUUGACUGACUCAUUUCCAAAUUUAAUCAGAAAAGAGGAGGCAACAAAUCUAGAUGAUUUAUAUGAAGACGAAGACACGGGCAGCAAGCACUCAGUACAUUGGGAGCUUGAGGAAGUGAUGGGAAUCUGUAAGAAACUCCAAAAGGCCACCCUUGUACCGUCGUUUGACAAAAUUCUUUUACGAUUAAAGGAGCAGACGUAUCAGACCGAGCGUCUUAUGAUGCAAUUAACGUUGAAUAGUGCAAAGAGGGACGCUCUCAUAGAAGAUCGAAAACACGCAGUAAUGAUGUUGGACACUUUAAAAAACGUGGGACAAGAGAAAACUGCGCAGUAUGUGACUGAAAAGAACCAGCUGAAGGCUGCGUUAGAAGCUGAAGAUCGCGAGGAAAAGAAUUUAACAAACGCUUUGAAUGACAGAGGACAACUUGUUAUCGAAAUGAAGACUUCUUUACAACAAAUUAAUCAGUUGCUUUCGAGUGUUGGAGCACCUAAUGUUCCUAGGAGGCCAGUGCCAGCUGCGAUACAGUAUGCUCUUGAAGAUAUGAUACAACCAGUGCCCGAGGUUGAAGCCGACUUUGACAAGCUGAUUCUAACGGCAAGACAGAAACUCAACGUUCUAAUCCAGGCUGUGUCCAAGAUGGAUGUAACAGCUGAUGUGAGGGCUAAUGCUAAUGCGUUCUAUCACGGUAUUUUAGCCAGGACUAUGCGGGAUAAUUAUAAGGAGGAAGUCGUCGCUGAAGGAGGAUUAAUUGAGUUUGAGAUGGAAGAUCCGAAUGUCCCAAGCCAUGCUAUCGUCAAAUUGAGAAGUAAACAAUUAGUUGAGGCUCAAGUCAGUGAAUUCGAUGUACCAGAUGUUCCAGCUAAGAAAUGA